GCUGAGGUGUCUGCUGACAAUACUUUUCAUCUUACAGUAUUGAGCUUUCAACUGGCAACCUUGUCCUUCCACUGUCCUUCAAAAGCUGAAGUCUGUGCAAACUUGGGGGUCACCUUGUAUCUCAAGCACCCAGGAUAUGAGGGGAAACAGACUGGGAGGUUGUUGCUUCUAUGAGAUACCUACUGUUAGAGCUCACUUACAGCAGCAAGGUGUUCCGUGUUACCUUCUUGACUUUGGCUGCAUCUCUGACUGUGCCCCUGCUUGGAGUAACUCUUCUACUGGAUUCUCCUAUAGACCCUCAGCCUAUAAGCCUGAAGGAACCUCCCCUCCUGGCGGGCGUGCUCGAGCCCAACGUCAAGUUGCGAAAAGCUGAGCGGUUGUGGGAAAAUCAGCUGGUUGGGCCAGAGUCCAUUGCCAAUAUUGGGGAUGUGCUCUUUACUGGGACAGCUGAUGGGAAGAUUAUCAAAAUUGAAAAUGGGGAAAUAGAAACGAUAGCCAGAAUUGGCCAUGGGCCCUGUGGAAGCCGUGAAGAUGAGCCAACAUGUGGAAGGCCACUUGGCAUCAGAGUGGGGCCAAAUAACACCCUUUUUGUGGCUGAUGCCUAUUAUGGACUCUAUGAAGUCCAUCCUGAUACAGGUGAAACGAAAAUGCUUGUGUCAACCAAAACACUCAUUGAAGGGCAGAAGCUGUCAUUUUUGAAUGAUCUUACAGUCACCCAGGAUGGGAGGAAGAUCUACUUCACUGACUCCAGCAGCAAGUGGCAAAGACGAGACUACCUGUUCCUGACUCUGGAAGGCACGGAUGAUGGACGCUUGCUUGAAUAUGACACAGUAACAAAAGAAGUGAAAGUCUUAAUGGUGGGACUGAGGUUUCCCAAUGGUGUCCAGCUGUCUCCUGCAGAAGACUUUGUCCUUGUGCAGGAAACAACCAUGGCUCGAAUCAGAAGGUACUAUGUGUCUGGGUUGAUGAAAGGUGGAGCAGAUAUGUUUGUUGAGAAUCUCCCUGGUCUUCCAGAUAAUAUCAGGUUAAGCAGCUCUGGAGGAUAUUGGGUAGCUAUGUCAGCAGUCCGGCCCAAUCCUGGAUUUUCUUUGUUGGAUUUCCUGUCAGAAAAACCAUGGAUUAAAAGGAUGAUAUUUAAGCUGCUGAGUCAGGAAACGGUGACAAAGUUUGUGCCCAAAUACAGCCUUGUUGUUGAACUUAGUGAGACAGGAUCCUACAGAAGAAGCUUCCAUGAUCCCAAUGGAGUGACAGUAGCUUAUGUUAGUGAAGCACAUGAGCACAAUGGAUAUCUUUACCUGGGCUCCUUCCGAUCUCCAUUUAUCUGCAGGCUUAAUCUUCAGCACGUUUAACUCUCCAGCUGUGAUCAAGUGCCACUGGCUCUAAUACUCUUGAGGUACAAAGGAAGAAUGUGACCAAGGACCACAGGUCUCUCACUGUUCUGUUGCACAGCUCACUGUGCCUGUCUUGUUCCUUGGGAUUGGCACACAGCUUUAUUAAUAGCUGAGGAAUAUGUGGGACAUCUUCAUAUGGUUCUGUGCUCCUUAAAGAAAAUCCACUGCUCUUCCAUGCCCAGUCCUGUUUUGGAGUCAUCUUAAACAGACAUCAUCAUCAAACCUUGAGUGCAACUGUACGUCUCCUUACACUGGGAAGGAUUUGUGAUGGUUGGGAUUUGAUUGUGUAUGAUUUGGAUUGAAGAGGGUGCCUUGCAUGUGUUUACCUCUGGUUUAGAACCAUCCCCUCAGGAGUGGUUACAGUGCAUGUUCUAAUGUCAUACCAUAGUGCUGUGGUAGAGACAGCUACAUCCAGAAUGUGCCUAGAAAUCUAGUGAUACCAUUUGGGUUUCUUCAAUGCCAGCCUGUGUAAUCAACAUCAGACACUACAAUUAACUGUUAAUCAACAUGCAGAAUCAAAUUUGAUCAUCA